AUGGAGCAUUUGCGCGAGAUCUGCAAGUGCCUCAAAACCCUAGUCGACUUCCUCCUCUGCCAUUGCGACAGCCUUUCGAAGCACGACCCCAAGCCAUGGGAUCCUCCCUUCGACCUGUCGCAGCCAAAGCUAGAUCUGUCUCUCGCUGUCAUCGUCGUCGUCUUCCUCUUCGUUGUUACUGCUCUCUCGUCUCACUACCACCACGGUGAGUUAUUCGCACGGGUUCAACCCACCGGCGGCGGCGGCCACCGGGAGCAGCAAUUUGUGGGGGCUGUCAUCGGCCUUCCGGAUCUCAGCGUGUGCGCAGUGGAGGAGGAGGAGCAGCAGCAAGAUCAGGUGCGGUGGUGGAAACACCGACAGCAGCAGCUGUUGGCGUACACAGCAGCCACGUCACUGGCGAGGAGGAGGCGAGUCCAGAUACAGACAGAGAAGAGCAUGUUACAGAUUUGUCUAGGAGGGAAACACUUGUUCGUAUUACAGUUGACAUUAGCAAGCAGCAUGAACAUGUUUGAUGGUAAUAAAAUAGGCUUUUUAGUGGAUGUACUUAAUGCUAUUAGACUUGAUUUUGGUUGGAACAAGUUGUCUGUUUACGAUGGAAGUACCUUAGUUACAAUGCAAGGAAAUAUUGAGUUCAGGAAUGUUUACUUCAACUAUCUUUCACGUCCAGAAAUUCUCAUACUGAGUGGCUUUUACCAAAAUGUACCUGCUAGAAAAACUGUGGCCCUUGUUGGUAGGAAUGAUUCUAGAAAAAGUAGUAUAAUUCCUCUUAUGGAGCGUUUCUAUGAUCUUACCUUAGUUACCCAGGAACCAACUUUGUUAAGUUUGAGCAUCAAGGAUAAUAUAGCUUAUGGAAGAUCUGCUAUAUUUGAUCAGAUUGAAGAAGUUGCUAAAACAAUUCAUGCACAUGAUUUCAUAACUUCUCUUGAAAUGGGAUACGAAACUCAGUUUGCACUUGAUAGUGUUAAAAGUCUACAGGUUUUAAGCAUAUUUUGCAUCUAUGUGACAGAGAUUCCUAUUGAUCUGUUCCAAGAAGUGAAUUGGCUGUUUGUUCAAGUUUCAAGUUGUUCUUGUAUAGUAUCAAAUGGACUGCAAGAAGUUCCUGCAAUUCAUUAA